AGUGACGUUCAAGCCAUGAUCAAGGGGCCGGAAAGGGCGGGAGAUUUCGGUCUUUCUAGGCCCAGCCGGCAAAAUCCAGUGCUGAGUAGCCGGAUCGAGCUCGGAGAUGUAACACCACACAAUAUCAAACAGUUGAAGAGGUUAAACCAGGUCAUCUUUCCAGUCAGCUAUAAUGACAAGUUCUACAAGGAUGUGCUGGAGGUUGGCGAGUUAGCAAAACUUGCCUAUUUCAAUGAUAUUGCUGUAGGUGCAGUAUGCUGCAGGGUGGAUCAUUCACAGAAUCAGAAGAGGCUUUACAUCAUGACACUAGGAUGUCUUGCACCUUACCGAAGGCUAGGAAUAGGAACUAAAAUGUUAAAUCAUGUUUUAAACAUCUGUGAAAAAGAUGGCACUUUUGACAACAUCUAUCUGCACGUCCAGAUCAGCAAUGAGUCAGCAAUUGAUUUCUACAGGAAGUUUGGCUUUGAGAUUAUUGAAACAAAGAAGAACUACUAUAAGAGGAUAGAGCCUGCUGAUGCUCAUGUGCUUCAGAAAAACCUCAAAGUCCCUUCUGGUCAGAAUGCAGAUGCGCAAAAGACAGACAACUGAACAAAUUACAAAUGAACUUUCUUGCACUUGCUUGUCGCCAAAUAAAAAGAGAGGCCCAUUAAUUCCCCCACCCCCUUGUUAAGCUUUCCCUCAUUUUGUUCUUGGUUUUCCUCUCCCCCCGCCUUGAACCUUUAAAAGUUUUAUUUCAAGGACUUUUAAAAAUAAUCAUGUCUGGAUUGCUUUAGUUCUUUCACUUUGGUGAUGUGAUUGGAUUGAAGGAAGAAGAUCUGUUUAGUUUCAUAGUUAAGAUGUAUAACUCAAAAAUUUUGGGUUUCAAUUGAUUUCAAAUUUUUUAGCUUUUUUUUUUAAGUGUCCUGUUUUCACAUUGAAGGGCGGAGCCUACAAAUACUGUUUAUUUCAAAAGACUAGAAGAAGCAGCAGCAAUAUCUUUUUCUCUGAUUUCAUAGACAAGUUUAGCGUGUUUGUGGUACUUUGGGUUUUUUAAGACUAUUUGUGGGAUACUUAUCCCUGGACAUUGCCUUCACUCCACCUUUAGUCCUUCUGAGCACCCUCUUAGGAGUUGGACCAUUGUUAUCCUUGUAAGAAAUACUAAGCUUAUUUAGAUUUUUAAAGCAGUUGAUUUUUCUCUUCUUGCUAAUGGGUGGGGAAGUUUGGGUAGGUAGUGUUACACUUUGGUCUAAGUAUUUGAGUUAAACUGCCUUUAUGUUAAUGAGUGGACUGGUUGUCAGCAGG